AUGCACCGAAGUCCACCUACGGCGGAACAGCUGCUAGCGUCAGGACAGGUGUUUGACCCGGACAAGGGGCCCUUGGAGAAGCGUGUGCAGCGCUCUUUCCUCGAUGCGGUGACCGACGACAAAGUGGACCUGAGAGAUACGGAGUACUGGUUCUCUAAUCCGGAGGGUAACUGGAAUGGCAAACCCAAGCGGGUUUACUUCAUGCAGGAGGACGAGGAGCCGCUCACCCCCCAGCCCUGGCACUCACCCGAGCUGGAGGAGGACGCGGUGGACAGGGUAGGCGGCCGGGGGUCGAUCGGGUUUGACGACCUGGAGGAGGGCCGGGUGUAUGUGGGCCUUAUCACAGACGUGUGGCUCUACCACGGUGUCCAGGUGGACAUUGGAGCGGAGUUCGACGGGCUGAUCCCCUGCAGUGAGGAGCUCUGGGAGCUGGCAGUGGACCACAUCGAUGUGGGGGAGGUGGUCAUGGUGGAAUUGCACAAGCUGCGCACCCCCGGUCUGUACCGGUGGCCGGUGCAGCUCAAGUUCACGGUGAGGGGCUUGCAGGACCUCAUGCUGCCCCCGGACGACUACGAGGCCCCGGUCGACCACGCGUGGGCUGAGGCCCAGGGCUGGACCGAGGAGGACGUGGCAGCUGCCACCGGCCGUACACUGGACACACCCACAUACUUCGUGCCGCAGGACGAGAACGUACUAGCGGAGGAGAUUCUUGACGGCUACGGAACCGGCGACAUGUACUGGCGCGAGGCCCCCUCCGAGCCGGUGGAGGACUACAUCGACGACCCGCUGGACAACCCCGUUGUGGAGGGCUGGCUGAGUGAGCGGGUGGAUGAGGUGGAUGCGGCGGCGGAGUCGGUGGUAAUGGGCGGCCGCUGA